AUGCCGAGGCCAGCCGGCCGCUUCUCUGGGGCGCCCUACGGCAUCGGCGGUGUCUGGACCAUCGGACCUGCGGCGAGUCCAAGGAAACCACCGGCACCUCGACGGCGUUGGCUCUCCAGCGACAGGGAGCAGCGCCCAGCGCCUGGAGCCUCUGCUCCACCGGCGUGCUGCGACACGCUCACACUUGCACUUAGGGGUAUAGCGGCGGCGUAUCUUGGUCUCCAAUGCCUGGAUCCAGCUCGACUACGUGACACAUUGAUUCCACGCGGCGUCGGUGCUUCUAUCGCUGCCCGCUUUCUCACGGCCCUAUAA